UAAAAGCCUGACCCCCUCAGUCAGUCACUCACACACAGACAGACAACAGACAGACGAGAGCUCACAGGCACCCAUCCUCCAGACACCCAGAGCACAACAAGGACAACCCGUCUCCAGACCCAGAGAACCAGACGGAUAGAGAGAGAGCGACUUGACACACUCAGCCAGAGUCUCAUCAAAUCUCCACUGGUCCGAGCCACAGCGAGAGGAUCAACUCUUUGAAGACACACCUUUUGGACACACACACACACACACACAGAAGACCCGACAGGAUGCAGGUGUGUACCGUCAUGGAGAAGCAGGCAGGCCGGGUGGUGGGAGCUGAGCUGAGCUGCACCGUGCGGGAGGAGAACCCCACUCAGAGGGAGAGCUACAUCGCAGACUGGCACAGCGUCAACAUGAGGACACAGCACCAGGACAGGCAGUCCAUGCUGAUGUCAGACGACUCUCGCCGCGAGUCAAUGACGCGCCACUGGGAGUGUCGUCCCCUUCACCAGAACUGCCCCUCAGGUGUGUACCGCGUGGGCACCAUGGAGACGGGCGUCCGCGAGCACCAGCUGCUGCCCUACCGCAACACCCUGCCCCUGCCCAUCUUCAAGCCCGCCGAGCUGGGCCUCCGGCUGGGCCGUGGCGCCGCUCACGUCCCCGAGGACUUCCCCCCGGCCCAGGCCCCCAGCGGAGCGUGUCCAGACAAGAGGGCCAUCAGCGAGAUCACCAAGGACCUGCCGCCAGUCAAGCCAAUCCGGAUGGAGUUCAUCAAGGCGCCCAAAUCCCUGGGCCGCUCCAUGUCACAGGAGGCACAGAGAGGGUGAAGAAAGAGAGAGAGAGAGAGAGAAAGCGGGAGAGAGAGAAGGGUUGAGGAGAACAUAUCAGAGAAAAUAUGGACUUUUGUAGAUGGUGAGAGAGGGCACCAACGGGGGAGUGUUGAACGGGCUUAAUUCUUCUGACAGCGUAGACCUAUGUAUGUAUGUAUAUAUAGAAUGAACUGUGCCUCAAUAUAAUGUAGACACUUUGCUCUCAUUCCCUCCCCAUCCAACUUGCCUGACAAAAUUAAGCCAUUGAAGUCUGAAAGCUGUUUUACUAUGGUCCUACUGGUUUUUUACUUAACAUAUAGAUUGCACUAUUUUAUAGAUAAGGUAAAACCUUAGAUAAAACCAUAAGCCCCCAGAACAGAGCUGUAGACAGAGAGCAGCCGACAGUAUGACAGGAAUGUUAGAAGUCCAGUUGUCCUAGCUAUGUGGCUGAAUGGUUAAUGCGUGAGGUCAGAGACUAUAUCUACACACGGAGGGACAAACAAGGGCCAGAGCUGCAGUUUGGUAAUCCCAGCAGACGCCAAUCAGGAUUAAAGCAGCUCUCUGAGGCUGAGGGGCAGGUGGGCAAGGCCAAACGGAGAGAAUGUUCCAUAUGGAGAACCUGUUACUACUGAACUAUUUAUAUUUGAUAUUUUUGGAAUGUUGAUUAAAAACAAACAAAAACACAACUGAACGGAAUGGAAUACUAUGUAUAUAAAAAGAAAAAAAAGGAAUCACAAGUAAAAACAUGAAGACAGGCAGAGAGAGAUAGACAGAUGGAAAAGAGAGACAUAUGGUCGUUGGGCAGAGAGUAGAUAUGGAAAAGUAAAGGGGGAGAUAGAACAUAACUGUGGGCAAUAAGAGGGAAGGCUGGGUGUCCCUUGGCUGGGCAUCCUGUCCCCUUUCACAGCAAUGCACUGGUCAGCACCCAGACCUCUGGAAGUCCUUCCUUCUCUUCCAGCCAUGCUGGAACAGCACAGUGGGGUGUCAGUGCAUUCUAUUUUGGCUCAACCUUUAGUGUUUCAGGAGGUCACAUCCAAUAAUGUAUCUUGGUUAUAAUAAUGAGUGUCUUCUAGUUACUUGCACUAAGCUGUGUGGGAGAGAAGAGUAUCCUAACUUCUGUCACAUACUGAUAUUAUUGCUUCCUCUAAAUGGUUGUUGCUUUGAUGUGAAAUUAACUCAACAGUUGGUGAUGUUGGACAAACAUAUUAAAUGCAUUUGUUGUCCGUUGUUUUUUUUCUUCUUCAGAAUAUUCAUGUGAUGAAAUAAAUAUAUUUAUUUUUCUCUAUGUAAAAUAAAAUCA